AUGGCAGCAGUAGUUCUUUUCUCUUGUCUGGUGGCGUUGCUUUCAUGUGUAACCGAGGGUGGUGCUCCCCUUGGCACAGCCGUUGCCGCGGUGGCCGGCCGUCCAGCAGUGAUGGCCCGCCGUCCAGUGGCGGUGGCCGGCCGUCCAGCCGUGGUGGCUGGCCGUCAAGCCGCUAAUCGUGAUAUUACAGUUUUUAAUGUUCUCACCUACGGUGCUAAGCCUGAUGGCAGGACCGACAACACUCAGGCAUUCAUGAAGACAUGGGUUGCAGCGUGCCAUUGGAAAGGGAAAGCAAGGUUUCUUGUACCUUUGGGCACAUUUUUGGUUGGUCCGGUUAUAUUUGCAGGGCCAUGUGUUGGGCCACCUCCCAUUAUCGUUCAAAUAUUAGGAACCGUUAAAGCAGUUGUUGAUAUUAGUGAAUACGAAUCUCCUGAAUGGUUCUUGUUCGAGCGAAUUGAUGGUAUUAUUCUCACCGGCGGUGGAACUUUCGAUGGUCAAGGUGACCAAGUUUGGAAAUACAAUGACUGUAAACAAAACAGUGGCUGUCAACUCAUGCCAGCUAACAUAAAGUUCAAUCAUGUUAACAAUGGGAGGAUUCGUGGUAUCCAUUCACUUAAUAGCAAAGCUUUUCACUUUAUGAUUAACUUUUGCCAGAACUUGGGGAUUCGCAGAAUCAAUAUCAUCGCCCCUGACAAUAGCCCAAACACAGACGGAAUCCACAUCAGUGACUCCAAUUCCAUCGGAAUAUCCAAAAGCAUGAUUGGAACAGGGGAUGAUUGCAUCUCCAUUGGUCAAGGCUCAACCAAUGUCACCAUUAAUGGAGUCUCAUGCGGACCAGGACAUGGAAUUAGUGUUGGUAGCCUUGGCAAGUACGACGAUGAAAAGGAAGUGAAUGGAAUCACAGUGAAAAACUGCACAUUAUCGAACACAGAUAAUGGUGUUAGGAUAAAAACUUGGCCUGGAUCUCCUCCAGGCCGUGCAUCAGGAUUCAUUUUUGACGACAUUAUCAUGAACAAUGUUCAGAAUCCAAUUAUAAUAGAUCAACAAUAUUGCUCAGGGAGUAGUUGCAAAAAUAAGCCGCCCUCUCGCGUGCAGGUGAGCAAUGUGCAUUUCAUGAAUAUCAGAGGCACCUCGGCAACAAAGGUUGCAGUGAGCAUCAACUGCAGUCGACAGUUUCCGUGCCAGAACGUUCAGCUGUCCAACAUCAAUCUCAAGUUCCAAGGCAAAAUUCCAAACGAUUUCACCGCUUUGUCCCAAUGUUCAAAUGUGAAAUUAGGCUUCGCCGGCGUUCAGGUCCCAGCACCUUGUCGAUAAGUUUCAGCUAUCGGGUUGGUUGGCAAGAGAAUGAGAGCACAGCCAUUACUAAUUUGGAAGU